AUCGUAUCUUCCGACCUAGCGCUGCUGUGGGCCAACAAUGUCUUCCAGCAUUUCAACAUAUUUUUUCCCUUGCUGUCAAGACAGCACUUUCUCUUCCAGCUCGUUCACAGGAAACACACAAUGAAUCCGCUAUUACGCUACGCUGUGUAUGCUCUCGGCUGUCGCUAUAUCAACCCGGAAGACCGGACCGCCCGGCUUUGGUUUAACAAAGCACAGGUUCUGGCCGAGCACGAGACCCAUGUGUCCCUGUCUAUUGUGCAGGCACUGGCCAUCAUGUGUUGGUACACUUACCUCGCAGGCGACUUACAACAAUGCAGCCGACUGCGUCAUCAGCUCUAUCGCGCCGUUCAUGAUUGCGAUCUCGGCCAUGAAGCAACAAACUGUUCUGUGGUAGAACAGGAAAUGCGUCGCCGUGGAUUAUGGGCUUCCUAC